CGAUCGUGUGGUCUAAUUCAAUACACAUCCAUGGUUAAAACAUAUAUAUGAUAUAACAAAGAAUAUCGUGAUGUAUUAAACAAUGCUAUACUUGAUUGGAGAAUAAGAUUGCGGCCUAUUUAGGUAUUCCAUAUUUUACUAUAUGGACAGAACUACUUUAGUCAGUUUGAUUUCGUGUCUUAUUCUCGUGUGUCCAGUGAACGUACACGGGAAACACCACCAUUCAGAUGACAAGCCUGAACACCAUUGGGAUUGGGAUAGUAAUAAAUACGACGAAUGUCCAACGUCUGACUACUGUAACUAUUUCUACAGUCAAUGUACCUCGGACAAAGGGUAUGAAGUACGUUGUAAGCAGUGUUCGUUCUUCCAGACAUGUAUGAAAGAUGUUAACCGCAUUACCGAUCCAUGUGACGAUGUUUACAUUUGUAAAGAUGUAGAAACCUUCAAACAGGGUAUUGGAAGUCUUGUCAUCAUGGUCGUUGUCAGUGUAAUGGCGGCGGCCAUGUGUGUUGUUACUAGCUGUGUCUGUUACAAAUACAGAAUGCUACAACAGAAACUGAAGAAAAGGAACAUGACAACCAAGAAUAAUGCAAUCAGUGCAAUUUAUCCUGUUGCAGGCAAUGGUGCUCAUGUGACCAACACGUCAGGUGAUUUUUAUAGAAUUGCCAGUCCACCUCCACCAUACAGAGAACAUAGUGAUUCACCGCGGGAUCAACAUUUCAACGCCAUCCCGAAAACAGACCAGUACAAGACACCAAGGGUAGAUGUCACAAAGAAAUGAUUCACAGACGGACGAUGAAAAAUAUUGUAUAUUAUAUUAGAUAUCAAUCGAAAUAUUCUGUUUUUAUAUUCUCAUAAACUACAAAUCAUAGCUUAUUGAAAUUCAUUAGAAGCAUGUGUUAUAUGUACCGUGUGAUGUGCCAGAAUUACCCCCCCCCC